AUGCAGGAGAGUUCGGGUGCCGCGCCGCAGCGCCCGUUGACCGGUUUGACCGGGUCAACUGAUUGCCUGCAAAGCGCCGAUGCGCGGGAGUUUCUGGCGGCCCUUGAUGCAAUCCCCGAGCCCCAUUCGCGGGCGAUCGAUCCGGGGGCGGACAUCUUCGUGGCCAGGGCCCCCGGGCGCCUGGACGUCUUCGGGGGAUUUGCGGACUACUCGGGCAGCAUGGCGCUGCAGAUGCCCACGGCGGAGGCCUGCUUCGCAGCCGCGCAGGUCAGCGGCAGAUUCGAUAGAUGGCAUCGGGAUGAAAUCCUUGGUUUAAAAUUUCCUGAGAAACGCGAUUUAUUUGAUGGUUUUUGGAUGGAAUCCUUUGUUCGAAAUCCUGCGAGUUGUAGAAAUCCUGUGUUUGAAAUUGCGUGCGAAACGCGGUUCCUUUCACUGCAUUUCGCUGAAGACCUUCGUUUGAAACUGCGUGCAACAAACGACGCCUUUGAUCACAGCUGGCUGAAGUCGUUUGACUAA